AUGAUCGUCUUUGGCGGCUACGACGGCGCCAAGUCUCUCAACGACCUUCAGGCCUAUGACUCCGUGACGGGCGAUUGGAAGGAGCUGGUGGGACGAGGCAAGGCGCCAUCGCCCCGUUUCGGCCACAGCGCCGUCGUGCACCAGCAGGACAAGAUGUACAUCUUUGGCGGUUACGAUGGCGUGGAUAGGAAUGACCUCUACUGCUUCGACUUUGAGUUGAUGCAGUGGAAUGCAGUGCUGGUCAAGCAGGGCACCCCGCCGCCGCCUCGUCAGUACCACAGCGCGGUCGUCUAUGAAGACGAGAUGUACGUGUUUGGCGGGAAGAACGGCACCAGGCAUUACCACGACCUCCACGCCUUCCAUUUUGGCACGCAAUCGUGGCGGGUCGUCACGGCGGAGAGCGUGGUGAAGCCGUGGCCGCGUGCGGGUCACACGGCCGUUGCGUACGGCUCCCUGAUGGUCGUCUUCGGUGGCAUGAACGGCAAACAGAACUUCAACGAUCUCAGUGUCUACUCUAUUCGAACAAACCGAUGGACGGUGGUGAGCAUUGACGGCGACGUGCCCGCUGAGCGACGGGCUCAUUCGGCGGUGAUCUCCAGCGGCGGGCACCUCUGCAUCUUUGGCGGCAGCGACGGCGCCAAGCGGUUCGACGACAUUUACUCCUUCGAUCUCUCCGUUCUGCCAAAACAAUUCGAAGACGAGACGACCAACGGGACGGCGCCUGCGACGACGGCUGCAGCCGCGGCCACGGCCACGGAGGAGACCUUCACGGCACCGGUGACCCCGCCGCCCAAGGAGUGGCGCCAGUCGCGGGCGCGCAUGGACACCGCGCCGGCGCCGGUCUCGCCUUCGGUGCUGCGGGACAGCGGCACGAACCGGAAGCGAGGCACUGUGUCGCUUUCGCCCCAGGCGGCGGCUGCGGCGGCUGCCGGGAGCCCGCGCGCCCAGGAGGAGCCGGCCAACAACGGCCGCGAGACCCAGCAGAACGAAAACGAAAGCGAAGGCCAGGCCGAAGCGCCGCGAAGCGACGGCGGUGACGUCACCAAUAAGAGCGAAGAGCCCAAGGGGAAGAAUAAGAAGAAGAGCAGCAACGUGGAGACGGACAAGAGUGAAAGCGAAAGCGAAAGCGACAAAGAACAGAAGAGGAAGAGGAAGGAGCAGAAGAGGAAGGAGAAGAGCGAGAUCAGGCGACGAGAGAAGGAGGCGCGGCGAUCGAGGCAAGUCGCGGCCGUGGCGGCCCAGGAAAACGGCGCCUCGACCGAGACCGCUGCAGCCGACGCUUCGCCCGCACCCGUCGCCAACAACGAAAACGGAGCUCCCACGCCCACCCCACAGGCUGCGCAGUCCGCGUCGUCAUCUUCUUCGUCUUCGUCAUCGCCGCCUCGCACGACCUUCGCGACGCCGCCGUCGACGCCCGUCAAGCUCGAAGAGCGGAGCGGCUCCCGCAUCGCCCUCCUCAAGGCGCGCUUCGACGCCACCUCGUCCGGCUCCUCCACCGCCGGCGCCGGCGCCUCGCCCGCCGCCUUGUCGGGUUCACCGUCGUCGGGCUCGCCCAACCCGCGCAGUCUGUCGCGGCGGAGCGUGGCCUAUCCGGUCUCGCAUCAGCAGCACCAACAGCAGCUCCUGCAGGCGAACGAGCAGGUCGAGGUGGUGGAGAAGCUGCGGGGCGAUGUGACGGAGCUGCGGGGCCGGCUGGACGAGCGCGAGCGCGAGGUGGCGGCGCUACGGGAGCGACUUGACGCGCGCGACGUCGAGCUGCAGAAGCUGGCCGACGGGAUGGCCAAGCAGAUGAAGAAGAUGAAGCGUGACCUCAAGAAGCUCAAGAAGAAGAAGCCCGCCGCCAAGGCCGACGGAGUAGGCAAGGACAAGAAGACCACCCCCAGAAAGGGCGGCGACGCCACCGCCGCCCACUGA